AUGUUAAUUGAAAAUUUUCUUUGGGAUCUACAAUGGUACUUAAAUACAAAUAUCUCGUCAGAGGAGGAGGUCUUUCUUGGCAGCUUAGUUCAUGCAGUGCAUGCCAAGACAUGGUGA